CAUAAGACACUAACACAUAACCAACAGCCUCAAAGUGACACACUGAACAUACACACCUGUCACAGGAUAAAAGGUAGAUACACACUGCCACAUUGUUCAGGGUAACAUUUAAUAGAGCAAGGUUGCCGUGCACUCACUCUCAUCUGUGCUGUGAUUCAUCCCCCUGAAGGAGUUUAUUAGUCACGUCCAUCUUGUUACCAUUUUUAAGGUAGUCUGACUCCAUGAACACGGUACAGUACAUGACCCUGAACUCAUCAAAGUCAAAUCUAGUGGAUUUUAAAGAACACACCUCCAGUAUUUUUAUGUUCAUCACAUUGAAAUAGUUAGUUUAGCCAAAUGUUAGCUUGUCUUUGUUUGAAUAUCUAAAGAUAAUCAAGUUGUUCUUUCCACAACUGUUGUUCUCCAUUUCAGAGGAGACCUUUAAAGAAGACUUCAACCACCAAAUGACAAUUUGUAUAUCAGUUACUUACCCCGUGUUAUGUUGAAUUCAAGAAGAAUACUUUGUUUUUCUCGCAUGCUUCCACAGUGAAUAGAGAAUCAAAAAACUAAGAAAAUUCUUGAUGAAUUAAAGUUAAAGGGGGGCGUAUUUAACAGUGUAAUCCAACUCUAAUUUAUCCAGUCGUAUGCCCAGUACUCCCCAAACACAUGCAUUUUGGUAAAACCUUGCUAUUUAAAACUCUUACGCCUAGACAGUCUCACACACGAACGAGAAGCAAAUGUGCAUUUGAACUGUAUUCAAUGAAAUGCACUAGCAGAGGUCAAAUGCAUGCAGUUGCCCAGGUGUGUUUUUCGUGUGGGUAAGUGUUAUUAAUUGUUCUUAUUUAUCAAAAUGCAUAUGUUUGGGAAGUACUGAGCAAGCAACUGGAUAAAUGAGACUUGAAUUUUUCUUGGUCUUAUGUUAUACAGUCUCUUUUGGCCGUUUAUACUGUACAUCCUUGUACCAGUCAUUUUUUGUUCUGUUAUCAAUUUAUUGCACAAUUUAAAAAGAAAAAAAGAAUUUUCUCAGUUUUUGGAUUCUCUGUUCACUGUAGAGACAUGUUUGAAAAACAUUUUCUUCACAAAUAUAAAAUAAUGGGGUUUAAGUUAAUUGGUGUUUCCCUUUUGAGAUGAAAUACGUCAGCAUUCUUUAUUAGAAUGAAUAAUAAACGCAAUACGUAAGACACGUUAAUCAUUUCCUCCAGUUUUUCAUUGAUGGCUGGUAAUCUUCUGCAGCCCAAGUUAGAGUGAGCUCCAUGUACAACACAAAGCCUGUGGAUUGUGUGUGAUGCACUGAAGUGCUGUUCACCUUCACUGAUCCUUAAACAAGUCUGAAAGCUCACUAAUACACAGAGUCCAUCAUGAAAAUAUGAAGAGAAUCUCCCAUCCAUCAGCACACUGAAGAGGGGCUUAUUCCAUGAAUGAGCAGGAUGGUCUCACACAGACACUCCCUUCCCCCCACUCAUGUGCAGAAAAAUGUGAAUGAGGUAGUGGGAGCUGGAGAUGAAACGGCAUCCCCCCCUUCAUACACUCUUCCUCCAUGUAUCCCUCUCCUCAGACUGGAGCCCGGCGCUCGUGUGAUUCCACGAUUAGCCCGCCCAUGCAACCUGCACAUGCUCACCACACACACACACACACACACACACACUUCCUUCCAUCAUAUACAUGUACAUCUCCCGCCUUGCCCCCAUCACAUACGUUGCCUGCUUGGAUACAUAUACCAUUACACACGCCACUCGCUCACGUGGCGGAGGCCGGAGCUUCGUGGGAGGCAAACCCCCCCGCCCCCCAUAGCUGCAGAUCAGUCAAUGAGCAGCUUCAGUCAGUGGGGAAGAAUUAUCCAUGCUGGCACUCUGGAACAAAGACAGGCACAUUUGAUCCCAGAGUGGACAAACUGAUCGAGCAGUUUCAUUCAAAAUAGAUCUCUAAUGACUCUUGACAGUGUCUCUGAUGAAGAGUGAGACGUCUGCGGACCACUGAAACAUGAAUGUUUGAAUAGUUCUGUGAGGAAAUGUUCAUUUAAGCCCAUUCAGAGUGUUUUUCAUAGCUGCUAACAGUCACCAACACUGAUUUGGUGCUUAAUUUAAAGGCGAAGCAACUGACUUUCUGUUAUUAUCAUAUUUUACAUCAGUUUUAAAACAUGGUCAAUACACAGAUAAAAUUUGGGUUACCAAAUUUAAAAAGAUUAACAACACUACCUGACAUUUCAAACACUCUCAUCAUGCUAUGGCAGCCUGCUUUGAGGGCAUUUCUGUGCCCAAAAUACUUUGUUAUCUUCUGCCCGCAAUCAUUCAAUCGUGAAAAUGGCCGAUGUACUCACAUCCUUGUGGUACACAGUGUACAGUUUUUUAUUUUUGGCAACAUGAAUGAAAUCAUGAAAUCCCCCCUUCCAUCCAUUCAAAGCUUUUCCUUCAUAUCUUCUUCAAACUUGGUGCACAUGGUGUGUCUCACUACCUCCGCCUCCAGCACACUUGUCCCUGCCCACUUUGUACGUCCCCCCCACCAAUGAGGGCCCUCUGCCUCUCCCAGCCUCUGCUGCAGCAGGUGCCUGAUAGGCUGCUAUUCUUAGGCAUUUUUGGAAGGAGGCGGGGAUUAGAGUACCUCGUUCUCCCUCUGUUUACACACAUAUGGGAGCAGGCAGUAACUGAGUGAAUGAGGGAGAGUCAGGGGGAGCGAGGGAGUGUGGCUUCUCCGACUUGCAUCCUCGCAUCCCACAGCAUUCCCACAGCUAUGCUUCCACGCUCUUGUUCUUCCAUGGAUCUCUGAGAUAUUUUUGGUUAUAUCCGCCUGUUCAGCUUGUAGUGAUCAAAGCCUCCACAGCACUAACCAGCAGACUGUCUGCUCGCUUUGGAUUUUGCUCAGGCAAGCAGUACAGGAGCACAAAGUGUCCCUGCUGUCUGUCGAACAGGCAGUGCCGGAGGACGACCAGAAAGCUCUGCUCUCUCACUCAGUUUUAUUUUUGCUCCCAUGCUUGACUUUGCGCUGAAAUGCCAGAAGUGAGCUAUUCCAUCUCUGUGUCGUGGAUGUUCAUUCAGUUCAAGAGGAUGCUGAACCGAGAGCUCACUCAGCUGUCAGAAACGAGCCGUUCAGGGAACCAGGUGUCUGAGUUCAUCGCUAACACCUUCCUCGAGAAGCAACAUGACAUGGACAUCAUGUCCCCACCCAACAAGGAGAAGGACAAGAAGAAGCGGCCCAUGUCCCAGAUCAGCGGUGUGAAGAAGCCCACGCACAGCCCCAGCCUCGCCCCCUCCACCAUCCCUCGCUUUGGGGUCAACGCCAGCCAGGAAGGACUCUUAGGAAAGGAACUGGAGGACAUAAACAGAUGGGGUAUUGACAUUUUCAAGGUCUCCGAGUAUUCUGGGAAUCGCCCACUGACAGUCACCAUGUACACCAUCUUCCAGGAACGUGAGCUGAUGAAGUCCUUUAAGAUUCCAGCGGACACUUUCAUUACCUUCAUGAUGACUUUGGAGGAUCAUUACCAUGCCGACGUGGCCUACCACAACAACAUUCAUGCUGCGGACGUCGUCCAGUCCACACAUGUCUUACUGUCCACACCUGCUCUAGAGGCUGUGUUUACUGACCUGGAGAUCCUCGCCGCUCUCUUUGCAAGUGCGAUCCAUGAUGUGGAUCACCCUGGAGUUUCCAAUCAGUUUCUCAUCAACACCAACUCAGAGUUGGCCCUGAUGUACAAUGACUCUUCGGUGCUGGAGAAUCACCACCUCGCUGUUGGCUUUAAGCUUCUGCAAGAGGAUAACUGUGACAUCUUUCAGAACCUCAGCAAAAAGCAGAGGCAGUCGCUGCGCAAAAUGGUCAUUGAUAUGGUGCUGGCUACAGAUAUGUCUAAACACAUGAACCUACUGGCAGACUUGAAAACCAUGGUGGAGACAAAGAAAGUCACCAGUCUAGGAGUCCUGCUGCUGGACAACUAUUCAGACCGCAUUCAGGUUCUUCAGAACAUGGUGCACUGCGCAGAUCUGAGCAACCCCACCAAGCCUCUGGAGCUGUACCGGCAGUGGACAGACCGCAUCAUGGUGGAGUUUUUCACCCAGGGGGACAGGGAGAGAGACAAAGGCAUGGAGAUCAGCCCUAUGUGUGACAAACACAACGCCUCAAUAGAGAAGAACCAGGUGGGUUUCAUUGACUACAUUGUUCAUCCUCUGUGGGAGACGUGGGCCGACCUUGUCCACCCAGAUGCUCAGGAGAUCCUGGACACACUGGAGGAUAACAGAGAGUGGUACCAGAGCAUGAUCCCCCACAGCCCCUCACCACACCCAGAGGGUCAGGAGGAGGAGGGAGCCCAUGCCGGGGAAUCCACAGCACUCGGCGGGGGCAGCGGCUCCAUCUCAGCCGACAAGUUCCAGUUUGAGCUGACUUUGGAGGAAGAAGGAGAGUCGGAUACGGAGAGUCCACCUGAGGAAGAGGAGGGCUACAGUGGCAGUAGGGGAUCUGAAUUCUCCAGGACUGAUUCUGCUGCUACGACUCACAUGCUCACCAAAAGGCUCACUACUGAAUCGGGCAGGACGUUUUCUUUAGACUCUGAUAAAGAUAUGGCAGAAGACAGAGAGACAGAGCAGGAAGACGUCUCUGGGGUGCCACGCUUCAGACUUGGAAUAUAGCACCAGUCAAAAGUUUAGUUUCUUUUGGCCUUUUUUUGUUUAUUAUUCUUGAUUUCGGUGCCUCAUCCUCUGUCACUCCCUUUCUCCCACUCCAACCAAACACCACCUCUGGUUUCUGCGGACAGGGUGACAGCAAGCCUGUGGGGUGGGGAGUGUGCGAGUG